UAUAAUAACGCUUGCCAUUUCUUCUCCUCUUCACCCCCACCUCUCUCUCUCUAUUGCAAUACGAGUUUACAUCAGCAUGGCAGAUUCUGACGUGUCCAGGAUGGCCGUGACGGCCGUCAUCCUUCUCGUCCUGGUGGCUGUCCCGGCGGCCAUGGCGGUGGACUAUACCGUUGGCGAUGCUUCUGGAUGGACCCAAGGUUUUGAUUACACAACUUGGGUUAGAGGAAAGACUUUCAGAGUUGGUGACGUUCUAGAGUUUAUCUACGGUGGGACCCACACGGUGGACGUGGUGAACAAAGACGGCUACGACAACUGCGACGCAAGCAAUAGUUUACAGUCGUCCAGCGAUGGAGACACCAAGAUUCCACUGAACGCGACCGGACCAAUGUACUUCAUAUGUGCAACACCUGGUCACUGCUCAGGUGGCAUGAAGCUCGCCGUCACCGUCCAAGCCUCCUCCGGUCCCACUCCGGGAACCCCUUCCGCCCCACGAAGCCCAUCUCCGCCGUCCUCCACCCCCGGAAGCCCGUCUCCCCCGUCAUCCACCCCCGGCAGCCCCGGCUCUCCUCCGGCCAGAACGCCGCCGGCGCCGAACGCAGCUUCACGUGGUGGGCUGAUGAGCUACGCCGUGAUGGGUGGUUCGAUGGUGUUGGGUUAUGGGGUUUGGAUCAUGGGCUAGGGUGGAGGCAGUGCUUUCGUUUUGUUCUGUUCUGUGUUUCGUUUUGAUUGAUUCGAGAGGUUGGGUCCGUCACGUCUAGUUUUUUUUUUUUUAUAAUUUAUUUUGUAUUUUCAUAUUAUCAUUUUGUUAAUACGCUGGAACUACUCCAUCAUUACCUGUCCAUCGUGGAAUAAAUGAUACAUUUUUAUUUUAUAUUA